AUGACUAGCACAGAAGUCUAUCAACAAACACCCACUCGGGUUCAGAUCAGGAAGGCCGUUGGAUCAGCAGUCCCAACAUGUUUGUCUCUUCAUUUUUCUCUCUCAUAUACAGGUACCCUGAACCAGCGCAUCUGGGGUAAGAAGUACCCGUCCUGUAACAGCGCCAGGCAGUCUCCUGUGGACAUCGACGAGAUGUUUACCCAAGUAAGGCUGCAGUACCAGAAUCUACAGCUCGAAGGCUGGGACAUACUAACGGCAGAGUCCAGCACCAUCCACAACAACGGGAAGACUGUGGCCAUCAGUGUGGAGGGAGAGUUUUUUGUGAGUGGAGGAGGGCUGAGCUCCAGAUUCCGUGUUGGUAGAAUCACCUUUCACUGGGGCCGCUGCAAUGCAACGUCAGAUGGGUCUGAGCACAGCCUGAAUGCGAUGAAAUACCCUCUGGAGAUGCAGAUCUAUUGUUAUGAUCCAGACGACUUCCAUAGUCUGGAUGAUGCUAUUAGGGAAGGAGGGAGGAUCGCUGCCUUGGCUGUGCUAUUUGAGGUCAGCUUGGAAGACAACGAGAACUUGAGUCCUGUUAUAGAGGCCAUCAACACUGUCAGCAGGUUUGGUAAGAGCGGGUCGAUGGAAGCUUUCAACUUGCGGUCCUUGCUGCCUAAUAACACAGAUAAAUAUUACAUCUAUAAUGGCUCACUAACUGCACCUCCCUGCUCUGAAAUGGUGGAAUGGAUCGUCUUUAAACAUACUGUGGCCAUAUCAGAAACACAGUUGGAGAUGUUUUGUGAGGUGAUGACGAUGGAGCAGGCUGGAUACGUGAUGCUGACGGAUUACCUGCAGAACAACUUCAGGGAGCAGCAGCAGCAGUUCAUGGGUCAGGUGUUUGCCUCGUACACCGGAGUGGAAGAUGUGCUCACGCCCACCUGCAGCUCGGAGCCAGAGAACGUUCAGGCUGAGGCCCAGAACGACACAACCAUCGUGGUGACGUGGGAGCGCCCCCGCGUGGUUUACGACACAACCAUCGACUGGUACACCGUCACCUACCAGAGGCUGCAGGGCCGAGACCAGAGCAAGCAGGAGUACAGGACAGACGGGGACCAGGAUGUGGGUGCCAUCAUCUCCAGCCUGCUGGCCAACAGCAGCUAUGUGGUUCAGGUGGUUGCUGUUUGCACCAAUGGCCUCAGAGGACGAUGGAGCGACCAGAUUAUAGUAGACAUGCCGUUAGAAGACCCUGAAAGUGAUUCAGAUCCUGACGCUGUCACUAAAGAUUUAGAAGACAACAGGGAGGUCUCAUCGAAAGCCAGAUGGAAGAGGCCAGAGAACCAGAAUCAGGUGGAUUUGUCUCCAGAGGACCACAGCCCCGUGGAGGAGAUCCCAGUGGAGCAGACCAGGGUCUACCAGAACCAUCCCCGAGACCAAACCCAAGAAAACCAGAACCUCCUGGUCCAGGUCAGCACCCGUUCAAGCCCGAAAACUCCCUCUGAGUCUGCCGUUCUACAGAAAACUCAACUCAACCAGAAUGCCAAAAGGAAACCGGGCCGGAACAGGUCUAAAGCUGAAAUGGAUCAGAACUGGAUUGACGAGGACCGGAGGAUGCGAACAGACCGACCAUUCACUAAAGCAGGCUUUGAUGGCAAUGGUGCAAUAUGGGUAACCGAGGUAACUGAGCAGCCGGGCUUCCUGUUUCCAGUUGCUCGGACAACUACCCUGCCGACAAUCCGCCGACAAAUCACAGAAGAAGCCUCGUUGUCAGUGUUGCCAAAUCAGUUAAAGAAUCAUGGUCCACCAGACCAAGCUGGUGAAAGUGGCCUCCCUUCUCCCCAGUCAGACCUCUACAGCCCUCCUGUGGAGGACAUCCAAGUUACAGACAUCUUCUAUGAAGACACAGUCUACAACUCUCCACUAGAAACCACCACCUCUGCUGAAACAGUCUCUGCUGCUGCGUUGCCAGGUGAUAAAGUGGACUCUGUCCCCCUGCUGUCCUCUGAAGACAGAGAUGCCCCUGACAACAAACCUCUACCAGAAACGAUUGCCUCAGUUUCGUCCACCCCAUCCCCUCUUUGGAUCACAGCAAGGGCGGCAACCGCCAGUAACACACUCGCUGAGUCAGUCUACAAGUCAUUGACCACCUCCUCUCUUCUCAUGGUACUGAUGCAUACAACCCAGCCCAUGUUUAACGCAAAUACACCCACGUCCAAGGUCGAGGACUCAGCCAUCGAACAGUCCUCUGGCUUAAUGAACUCUCCCAACACUCAUAGUGGAGUGAUUGAAAACCCAGUCUCUGUCCCAGAAGGGGAAUUCUCUGCUGAAGGAGAUUUAUCCAGUGUCACACCUCAAUCGCUCAAACCUUUUAAUGAAUACACCAGCAGUUUCCGCCCUUCUCCUGCCCUCCCUGAAGACAAGAGGAGUGGCUUUAUUUUUAAUCAGAACGACAAGUCCCCUGAAGAGUACUCUAUUGUCCCUCUACAAAUGGAUUUAGAACGCUCUCAGAUCACCACCACUUUGGGUUCUCAGGAUCGCUUAAUCACUGCAUAUUCCCUUUCUCUGCUGCCUGAUGAUGACUCGUGUACCAUCAACUUAUCAAAAACAAACACAGUUGAAGGAAAUACCCCAAAAGCUUCUCAUAAUCAAAUUGAUGGUAGGAUUCAGGAUCAUCUGAACAUCUUGCCAGACCCCAAUAAUGAAAAGCAAGCCAGGACGGACAGGCAUAAAUCAUCUUUCUUUGAUUCUAAAGGUUUGACUUUGCCCCGUCCCUAUAAUUCAGAGGAAUCCAACACAGACAGGGCAGCAGAGGGAAGUGGAUCAGGCUAUGGCCAUUAUAGCAACAGGCUCAAUCAGGAAUUUGAUGCAGUCAUGACUGACCUCUCUACAAUUCCAAAUUCAGUUAUUAGCUUCAAGGUGGAUAAUACUGGAAAAAAGAGUAGAUCAACAGGAAUUAGGAUGUAUAGUGAAACAGAUAAUGAUCCAGAUGGGGCCCGACACAAAAAAAGUAGUAAGAAAGAGUUUGAAACAGCUGCAGAGACAGAAAUGGAGGAGAAUGAAUAUGAGCCAAGUGGGGAGGAAGAAGAAAAAAUAGAUUCAGAAGGAGUCCGCGACUUUAGGAAUCAGAGAGUGAGGAAAGUGGAUGGUGAAACAGAUGAGAGUGCCCAACAGCUCAAUAGCACAGAAGGCUGGGACACAUUGAAAGAGGAAAAGAAAGAAACUGAGGUUGAGUCUGUAGUAGUAAAGACACUAUACUCUCACUCCGGCAGCGGGGAUGAAAUUGAGUCCAAUUUUAGAGUUUUUAGCUCACCUGAGGACGUCAGUGGUUCUGGAGAAGGUGGUGAAGAUAGAAAGGGAAAAAGAAAGAAAGUCAGCGAUGACAAAGAAGGUAUAGCUGUAGGUGGAAAAGAAAGCGAUGAGAAAAGUGAUGGAAGGGAAGAUGGAAGAAGCGAUGAUCUCCAGCUGUCUGUCAAUCAAGAUAAGCCUGUGGGAACACUGUUUGGCACCAGUGAAGAAAAUGGCAAUGGACUUGACGAAGAGGGUCAAAACAGAAGCCCUUUCAGUCAAGUUGUCGGGGGUAACUCUACUUUGGAGGACAAGAAAGAGGGAGAUGAUGAUGGUAAAACAAAUGGAGGUCUGGCGAGUGAGGAACCCAUCGCAGGAGGUGGUAAAGAGGGUAGUGAUGCAGCUGUAAUUGGGGAGAGUAAUUUGCAGCAGUUCUCAAGUGUGGACAGGUUGUUGUUUGAUGCUGCAAGAAAUCCCGUCUUGGGGCGUCUUGUCCCUCUGCUCAGACUGACAGAUGGCACGGAGGAGCAAACAGAAGGUAAAUGUUACUCACUGCUCAGCUUUUCCUCCGCUUUGCAAUUUAGUUUUUCCCUCUCACAUAUAUCUUUCCAUGCACAUAAUUUGAAAUGCAGCAACAGCAGCCACGAGUCUCGGGUCGGGCUGGUCGGAGGUGUGGAGAGGGAGAAGAGGACAGUUGUUCCGCUGGCUGUUGUCUCCACUCUCACCAUCCUCUGUCUGCUGGUUCUAGUGGGCAUACUCAUCUACUGGAGAAACUGUUUCCAGGUGGCAAAUUUCUACCCAGAUGACAGUGCAUCACCUAAAGUCAUAUCUGCUCCAUCUACACCCUUGCUGCUGGCUUCAGACGGUCACGAGCCACUAACAGUGAAGCAGUUUGUGAGGCACGUCAUGGAGCUGCACACCACCAACACCUUCUCCAAGGAGUUUGAGGAGGUGCAGGCGUGCACAGUGGACAUGGGCAUCACUACCGACAGCUCCAAUCACCCAGACAACAAAAGCAAGAACAGAUACAUCAACAUAUUGGCCUACGACCACAGUAGAGUCAAGCUCUCCAGCAGUUUGGACAGAGAUGGGAAAUGUGGGGACUACAUCAAUGCCAACUUUGUGGAUGGUUAUGAGAGAACAAGGGCUUAUAUCGCAGCUCAAGGGCCUCUCAGAGCGGGCAGGGAAGACUUCUGGAGGAUGAUCUGGCAGCAGAAUGUUGGAGUUAUUGUCAUGAUCACCAACCUCAAGGAGAAAGGACGGACAAAAUGUGACCAGUACUGGCCAGAGGAGAACCAGGAGGAAUACGGUCCAUACCAGGUGACCCUGAAAAGUAGCAAGACCCUCGCUUACUACACACUGCGGACGUUCACUGUCAGAGAUACCACAUAUAAGACAUCUCAGAGGAAGGUUGAACACACAGUCCUCCAUUACCACUACACCCAGUGGCCAGACAUGGGCGUCCCAGAAUACACUCUGCCUGUCCUGUCCUUCAUCAGAGCAUCCUCCCGGGCACGGACACAGGAGAUGGGACCUGUACUGGUACACUGCAGGUAGACUCUGUGUUGCCGGGUAGGAAGAACAGGAACCUACAUAGUGAUAGACAGCAUGCUGCAGCAGAUCCAGGAUCAGGGGACGGUGAACGUUCUUGGUUUCCUAAAACAUGUCCGGACGCAGAGGAACUUCCUGGUUCAGACGGAGGAGCAGUACGUGUUUAUCCAUGAUGCUCUGGUGGAGGCCAUUUUGAGCCGCGACACCUCGGUGACAUCGGACCUCCUCCACACUUACGUGUCUGACCUCCUGACCCCCGGGGCGUCAGGCAGGACACGCAUGGACAAACAGUUCAAGUUGAUCAGCCAGCGCCAGGCGAAGCACGCAGACUACAGCACUGCCCUGAGAGACGGCAAUGCUGAGAGGAACAGAGCCAGAGCUCUGAUGCCUGUGGAAAGAUCAAGAGUCUGUCUGACCGCUUCAGAAACAAAUGUCACAGGGUACAUCAAUGCCUCCUACGUCAUGGGAUAUCACCACAGUAAGGAGUUUAUAGUGAGCCAGACUCCUCUGAGCAGCACGGUGGCAGAUUUCUGGAGAAUGAUCUGGGAACACAACACACACACUGUAGUCCGUCUGCCAGACACACACUUUCAGAGUGAAGAGGGGGAGUCUUAUGUUUACUGGCCCAGUAAAGACCAGCCAAUGAGCUUUGAGGGGUUCACUGUCUCGUACUCGGGGGAGGAGCAUGUCUGUCUUUCCAAUGACGAGAGACUUUUAGUGCAGGACUUCACAUUGGAGUCUCCACUGAACAAUUAUGUUUUGGAGGUGUGUCAGUACAGCGCCACCUGCUGGCCCAACCCAGACAGUCCCAUCAGGAACAGUUUUGAUCUGGUCAACACAGUCAGAGAGCACAGCAGACAUUCAGAUGGACCUACAGUCAUACAUGAUCCGUUGGGAGGCGCUACAUCAGGGCUCUUCUGUGCCCUUACCACCCUUUCCAGUCUGCUAGAGGAGGAGGGAGCUGUAGACGUCUACCAGGUGGCACGAAUGACUAACCUCAUGAGGCCUGGUGUUUUUAAUGAUAUAGAGCAGUACCAGUAUCUGUACCGCGCUGUGCUGAGUCUGGUGAGCAGCCAGGAAGACCAGAGAGCCCUGCAGAGUCCAGAAACCAAUGGAUCUGUACCACUGGGACAAACUAACAUCGCUGAGAGCCUGGAGUCACUCAUGUAGACACACACACACACACACACACACACACACACACACACACACACACACACACACACACCAGUGUAGACUGAGGUUCUGCCCAUCAUGUGAUGAGAGGAUGAACACAAUCAUUUCUGUGUCUGUGGUUCAUAGCUGCGUCCACUGUGCAUGCUAAUGCUUUAAGGUACACUAUGCUCAACAAUCAUUAUUCAAAUUACAGAAAUAAAACCCAAGAACACAGUAUAGUCCAGUAAAACGUCAAGUAAUCCAAAACAGCACUUUAGCUGUCUGAUACACAGUGACUACAUCCGAAGGCUUUUUGCCAUUCACAGGUUGCUGUUUUUUAUUAAAAAACAGGUGGCCACUAAACAGGACUGGCAGGUUUAGACAAGCCAUUUAAAUAACCUUGAUGUUUCAUACUGUCAGUGUUAGCAUGCGCAGCAGGCUAAGCUGCAAAAUCUGCUGGACACAGAGCGUUUUUCAUUUCAUGUAAAGUAACCAAACAUCUAUGAUAUGACUCAUCCUUUGAAAGAGAAAAGGCAACACUUUUUAAAAAGGAGUCCUAUUUUGGGGGUAACUAAUGGCUGUAUUAAUGGCUAAUAAAUCAUUUGCAAAUACUUUAUAGAUCAGUUAUAAUUCUUUAAAUAAACUAUGUUUGUGUUGCAGAGGUUGCAGUUAUUUCUGGAAAAGGACUGCAGAAGAAAUGGAUCAAUAUCCAUUUAGUAACAUCGUAUUAAAAACUGCAGACUUGCUGAUUAAACCCUUUGUUAAUGGCUUGUUAACGUUUUAACUACAUACUUUAUUAGAAAGUGACUGUUUUUACAGUGUAGAAAGAACAAACACCAGCCAAUUGCAUUUUUUGGCAACCCAAUAACGGAUCUAUAAAGCAUUAGUAAAUAAUGUAUUACCCAUUAAUAAAGUCAUUAUUUACAAUUGAGAAGUCAUUUUAUAACCGUUUCUCUGCUUUUCCAACAAGAACCUGCAAACCUUCCAGCUGUGUAUCUGUUGCUGGUCAGCCUGGAGCCUAAUGCAGCAGAGCGACAGCCAGUAACCUUUUGUUGGCUUUCACUAAAAACUGAAUGAAAUAAACAAAUAAAAUUUAAAAAAAAACAUCAAAAAAGAAGUUCUACCUAAAAUGUAAUUGGAAAUAUUGAGAAAUUGGAAAAAUAAGAUUUUUCAAUGUGAUAGAAGGAGUGAGCUAUUUGAUUCCAAUAACACAUCUACCUUAAAUUCAUAACUUGUCUAUUUCUUUCUUUAACAUUUCUUUCUCUUAUUUGUCGCUUCUUUCAUUUGACCCUUUUUAUUGUUACUUUUUGCUUUUUUCAUUGCUCAUGUAAAACACCUUUCCUCAAAAAAAUUUAAAUAACUAUCAAUAAAAUGUUAAACUGGCGAAACAAACAAAAUUAAAGCAAGAUUUAUGAAAAAUACAGUUGAAAGUAGAAGUAGCUUUCAAUGUUAAAAAAAGGGGAAAUGAUGCAGGAAAAGACAUUACCCUAAACCCUUGUUUUUCCUACCUAAUAUUUUAUGCACUGCACAUUAACCAGCAGAUUGUGGGGCUCAAACUACCGUGUAUCCUUAUCUAGAGUAAUGUUUUGAAUAACCAAAAUCUCUUAAGGCUUCACUAGUGACAGUAAAAUGACUGCGGGUGUUUACUGCUGUUGAAUGUCUCUGUUCAUGUCCUGUCUGACAUCAUGGUCUCUGGUACCUUGUGCCUUUUGUAAUUCAUGUUAUUGUACUUUAAACCGCUUUUGAUACAACAACUGUGUGACUAAUAUGCCAAAAUAAUGACCUGUGACUUUUUUGCAUCUUCGCUCGUUACUUUGGUGUGUAAAAUCCGAGAGGAGAGGGGAAAAAUGGCAUUGGGCUCAGAUGUAAAAGAUGUAAUCUAGGAUUUAAAAUGAUAUUCCACACAAACACACGCGUGACAGGUGGCUGUAAAAAGUUUGAAUCUGUGUGAGUUAACAAUGGACUCCAAUGAUAACGUGUCUUCAGAAUAUAGAAAAACAUAUAUCAAAACAUCUCUAACCACUCCUGCGACAGAAUAAUCAAUCACUAUAAUCAGCUGUAAGAAAAUCAUGACAUCAUUCAGCUGAGACAGUGGUCACAUUGUUUAGACAAUGACACAAAUUGGUGGACUUCUGUUAAACCUUACUGGCACGGACUGAAAAUGAGAGCUGAGACUGUGGAUCCACGCAGGUCUUCUGCCUCCCUGUGCCACUUGCUGUGACUGUUUUUAUUUUUGAGGGAGGGCGUCAGACACGAUCAAUCAACCUCUCAAUCACUUGUAACAUUGCAGCUUCUGUCUGUGCCACUGUUCCACUUUGUGCCAUUUGUUUAGCUCACGUGGGGAUGCAAAAUGGCACAAAUCGUUUAGAGGCUCCUGCAACUGAACCAGACAGUGAUUUGAACCAGAUCUAACUGUAAUGUGUCUUUCUGUUUAAAUAUCCCUGAAUACAUCAAAAGGCCAAAUUACUGUAUGUUUAUACUGUAC